UUUCUAUAUAUUCCCCAAGCUCAUCUCUCAACUCCUCUUCUCUCUCUCUUUAUUAUAAUCUAUCUCCUCUCUAUCUCCCCAUAUCUAUCCGAUUUCUUUUUAUCUGCAACAUUUAAUUCGAAUUCUAUAUAUACAAUUGCUAUUCUCUGCACGAUAUCUCAGAAUUGUUAAGAUGGAUUUCUCGAAUAACUCGGAGUGGGAUAUUAAUUCGUGGAUUGCUCACACUUUGAAUCACAGCAGUACUGGGGUGGUGACUAAGCCUGUGCAGACCGAUCAGACGACGUCGUCGGUGAAGAGCCCGAGUGUGUCCGGGUCGGACCCGGAUAGCGGUGUGGCGAGGCGCCGGAAUGGGGUGGCGAAUGGGAAGAUAACGAAGCGGAGGUCACGCGCGUCGAAGCGCAACACGACGACGUUUAUAACAGCUGACCCGGCGAAUUUCAGGCGGAUGGUCCAGCAGGUGACCGGGCUUUCUGUCGGCAACGGGCAGGUGCCGGUGGCUCCGCUCCUCAAACCGGAACCGCAGCGGUUGGUUAAUAGGGUUCAGGGGGGCUGGCCCACGCUUGACUCCUCGUCUUUUAUGGCUGGUUAUCAGUAUCAGCCUCAGCCAGUUGUGGGUCCUACAUACGCGGGGCCUCUGGGUGGUUAUGCUCCGGCGACGGCGGUGGACGGCGGCGGUGGAGGUGGAGGUUUCGGUUUGGAGUCCAUCUCCAGCUUUCCGACGCUGGAGUCGUGAAGAAGUAUGUGAUUAUGUCAGCAAGAUAAAUAUAUCUAGAUGCAGUACAGUAGUAUAUUAUAUUAGAAAGUAGUAAGUAAUUAUAGGACUUAUUAUAUGACUUAUGUAAUGUUUAAUAUAGGAAGUUGUAUGAUGUAUGCUUAAGGUAACGUUGCUUAGGAGUAUUAUGUGUAAUGUUGGUGUUGGUUAAUGUUUGUUCAUAUUUGGUUGGGGAAGUUGUGUCUGGUCUAUUGCAGACUAACAAUAUGUACUGUACUUGAUUAAGAAUCUCUUUGUGUUGUUUAAA